GUCUAGCUGCGGCCGGUUGGCGUGGGUCCCGGGUCUGGGUCCCGGAGCGCUCGGGGCCGCGCUUCUGGAGUUGAUUGGCACGCCUGGCGUUUGUCUCUCUCGUUCGUAACGGGGACGCGGGGAGGAAAUGGAAAGGUCCCCGGACCGCUGCGAGGCGGGGGCUGGGAGGCUCCCCCGGGAGGUGGUCCAUGCCACGACCUAUUUACGAGACCAGCUACCACUGAUGAAGAAGUGUUGGAGUAGUUGCUGAAAUUGACCCUUAUUGACCUGAGACAGUCUUUUUGUUCUACGCAUUUUUUUUUCUUUUUGUUUAUUUCACUGCUUUGAACUUUACUGUAACGACUGAGAAACUGGGAAAAUAAAAUAACGUGAUGUGGUCUUGAACCUUCCUUUUUGAGGAAAUAUUAAAGUGCCAGAGUGAAAAGCCGGAAUGGCAGCCAGAGAGAGGCUCUUUGAACUUUGGAUGCUUUAUUGUACAAAGAAAGAUCCAGAUUACCUGAGACUGUGGUUGGACAAUUUUGUUUUAAGUUAUGAACAAUUUUUAGAUGUUGACUUUGAAAAGCUGCCUACGAGGGUAGAUGAUAUGCCUCCAGGAAUAUCUCUGCUUCCUGAUAAUAUUCUGCAGGUUCUGAGGAUCCAGCUGCUACAUUGUGUUCAGAAAACAGCAGAUGGGUUAGAGGAACAACAACAAGCAUUGUCAAUUUUGCUUGUCAAAUUCUUCAUUAUUCUUUGCAGGAAUUUAUCAAAUGUAGAAGAAAUUGGGACUUGCUCUUACAUUAAUCAUGUCAUUACCAUGACAACACUGUAUAUUCAGCAAUUAAAAAGCAAAAAAAAGGAGAAGGAAAUGGCCGAUGAGACAUCGAUUGAAGAGUUUGUGAUCCAUGCCCUGGCAUUCUGUGAAAGCUUGUAUGAUCCGUAUAGAAAUUGGAGACAUAGAAUUUCAGGACGAAUCCUUAGUUCUGUGGAAAAGAGCAGACAGAAAUACAAACCGGCCUCUCUCACAGUGGAGUUUGUUCCUUUCUUUUAUCAAUGUUUUCAGGAAAGUGAACAUCUCAAGGAAAGUCUUAAGUGUUGCUUAUUGCAUCUCUUUGGAGCCAUUGUAGCCGGUGGGCAGAGGAAUGCUUUGCAAGCAAUUUCUCCAGCCACCAUGGAAGUUCUUAUGCGAGUUUUGUCUGAUUGUGAUUCUUGGGAAGAAGGAGAUCCUGAGGAAGUGGGUAGAAAGAGAGAGCUAACUCUGAAGUGCCUUACACAAGUGGUGCAUAUCCUUCUUACCAGCAGCUCUGACCAGCGUCAGGUGGAAACCAGUACCAUCCUGGAGAACUACUUUAAGUUGCUCAAUUCUGAUCACUCAGCUCUACCUAAGCAGGGGAGGUCCCGGCGGUGGGAAAGCCGGUUCAUAGCUCUGCAGAUUAGGAUGCUCGAUACCAUCACAGCGAUGUUAGAUUGCACAGACAGGCCCGUUCUUCAGGCUAUUUUUCUCAACAGUAAUUGCUUUGAACAUCUCAUACGACUUCUACAGAACUGCAAGCUAUUUUUAAAUGCUCAGAGUAAGGUGACAGACAAGAAUGAGAAAGACCUUGCCAACCAAUUACUGACAGAGAUGAGUGAGGACCAGGUAUUCCAAGGACAGUUGGAUCGCUUGGCUGUGUCAGCCAUUCAGGCUUUGACAGCAGUGAUGAAGAAUUCUCCAGCUGCUAAGGAAGUAUUUAAAGAAAGAAUUGGCUAUUUGCACAUGUUUGAGGUACUAAAAUCUUUGGGCCAGCCACCGCAAGAACUGCUUAAAGAACUUAUGAACAUGGCUGUAGAGGGCGACCAUACUUCAGUUGGCAUUUUGGGCAUUAGUAAUGUCCAUCCUCUUUUGGUUCUUAUCCAGUGGCUUCCAGAGCUAGAAUCCCAUGACCUACAAAUCUUCAUCUCUGAUUGGCUGAAAAAAAUUUGUUGCAUUAAUAAACAGAGCAGAACAACUUGUGUGAAUGCAAACAUGGGAAUAAAAAUCAUUGAAACCCUUGAAUCCCAUUCUUCCCUACAUCGGACUUGUGCUGAGAACCUGAUUGCAAUCCAUGGGUCAUUGGGGAGUCAGUCUGUGAGCUCAGAAGAAGUCCGUCGGCUUCUGCGAUUGCUGAGAGUGGAUGAAUCAGAGUGUAUUCACCCGUAUACCAUUCCUGUGACUCGUGCAAUCCUGACAAUGGCACGGAAACUCAGCUUUGAGAGUGCACUGCAGUAUUUUAAUUUGUCACAUAGUAUGGCAGGAAUUUCUGUGCCUGCCAUUCAGAAAUGGCCUGGGUCUGCAUUUUCCUUCACUGCUUGGUUUUGCUUAGAUCAGGAUCCGUUAACCCUUGGGAGUGCUAACAAAGGAGGAAAGAGAAAACAAUUAUAUAGCUUUUUUACAGGAAGUGGAAUGGGUUUUGAAGCUUUUAUUACCCACUCAGGUAUGUUGGUUGUGGCAGUGUGCACAAAGAGAGAGUAUGCGACAGUUACGCUUCCUGACCCCAAUCUCUGCGAUUCGCUCUGGCACAACAUAACCAUCGUUCAUAUGCCUGGAAAAAGGCCCUUUGGCCAGAGUCUUGUCUAUAUCUAUGACAAUGGACAACAAAAGGUUUCUGCUCCUCUCAGAUUUCCUGCCAUGAACGAGCCAUUUACGUCCUGUUGUAUUGGUUCAGCUGGGCAAAGGACCACUACUCCUCCGCCAUCUCAAAUCCCAGAUCCACCAUUUUCUGCUCCCAUCACCCCUCACCGGACAUCAUUUGGUGGAAUAUUGUCAUCAGCCUCCUGGGGAGGAACAAUUGAGAAAUCAAAGUUGUUUACCAAAGUGAUUUCAGCUGGAACCCAAGACAGUGAGUGGGGCUGUCCCACGUCUCUGGAGGGCCAGCUAGGGUCUGUGAUUGUCUUCCAUGAAGCUCUGCAGCCUCCUCAGGUCAAGGCUUUAUAUUUAGCAGGUCCAAAUUGCUUAAGCCCUUGGAAGUGUCAAGACUGUGAUAUGGCCGAUUUGCCAAGUAACAUUCUCCUUCACUACACAGGAAAGGCUUGCAAAAAUUCAAUUUGCCUUGACUUGUCUAUUAACUGUUUGCAUGGAAGAUUAACAGGAAACAAAGUAGUGAAUUGGGACAUUAAGGACAUCAUCAAUUGCAUAGGUGGGUUAAAUGUACUGUUUCCUUUACUGGAACAAGUUAGCCACUUCAGUGAAGGACAGACUUCUGAAACAGUGAGUGAAAACACAGUUCCUGAAUUAGUGACACCUAGUGAACAAGAAUGUAUGGGAUCCUCCACGAGGGCGUCAGAGUCAAGGCUGGAGAAAAAUCUAAUUGCUACCUUUAUUUUGAUUGUGAAACACUUUAUUCAGAGACAUCCUAUUAACCAGGACAAUCUUAUUCAGUCCCAUGGAGUUGCAACUCUUGGUGCUUUACUUCAGAAGGUGCCAGGUUCUCUAAUGGAUGUUAAUGUAUUGAUGGCAAUUCAAUUACUAAUUGAACAGGUAUCAUUAGAAAAAAACACACUGUUGCUUCAACAAAUGUAUCAGUAUUUGCUCUUUGACUUCCGUAUUUGGAACCGUGGAGAUUUUCCUUUUCGGAUUGGCCAUAUACAGUAUCUUUCGACGAUCAUUAAAGACAGCAGGAGAGUUUUCAGGAAGAAGUAUGGCGUGCAGUUUCUCCUGGAUACACUUAGAAUUUAUUAUGGGCAUGGUUCUACAUGUAAUGAGCUCUCUCCAGAUGAUAUUCGAACAAUAAGGACUUCUUUGUAUGGACUAAUUAAAUAUUUUCUUUGUAAAGGUGGAACUCAUGAAGAAAUACAAAGUAUCAUAGGUUACAUAGCUGCUACUAAUGAAGAAGAACAGCUCUUUGGAAUUUUGGAUAUACUCUUCAGUCUUCUACGAACCAGCCCAACUCGAGGUCAGCUUUUCUUACUGAUGUUUGAACCAGGAAAUGCUGACAUACUUUAUGCCUUGCUGUUAAAUCAGAAAUACUCUGACAAACUAAGAGAAAUCAUUUUUAAGGUCAUGGAACAAAUGUUAAAAUGCACAAAUGUUUAUGAACGUAGUAAACAACGUAUUCGUCUUAGAGAAGUUGGCUAUUCAGGAAUUGGACUUCUCCUAAAUGAAACACCAGUUAACACAUCUCUUAUUAAAAACCUUGUUAACCAAAUCAUUAAUACAGAUCCUGUUAUUAAUUUCAAAGAUCUAUUAUCUGUAGUAUAUAUCUGUCACAGAACACAUGUAAAUGUCAGAGUGGUCCUCUGUAGAAAGAUAUUACAGAUUUUGCAGUCCCAGCCAGAUGCAGCAUACCAGAUAUCACAACAAGUGGGUUGGCAAGACACCUUUGUUAGACUUUUCUUAAAAGCAAAUUUUGAAAAUGUAAAUUCUCUUAACAAACAUGGGAAGACAGUUUUAGUGAAAGAAAAUAAAAAUACGUCAACUGAAGAUGUUAAGAGGAACUUUGAAAAACUCGAUGAUGAAAAAAUGACAUUAACUGACAUAUCUUCAGACCAUUGGAGUUUGGAAGAUAGUCAGUCCCUGAAUUCAAACACACCAUUAUUUCAAGAAGAUAGCUCUGAAGGAGAAUUAUCUUUCAAGUCAGAGAAUCAAGAAGAAUUCUGGCUUAGUAACUCUUCCCAUUUGAGCUUAGAUCUCAGUGGAAUUGACGCCUGUGAACUGAGCGAUAGUGGGAGUCAAGUGCCAGACAGCUCGCCUAGCACUCCGUCCCCAGUAGAGUCUACUAAGUCAUUUUCCGUGCAGUCUGACAAAGAAAGGAACAUCGCGAAUGAAAUGGUCUUCAGUGACGACUUCUCUUUUUUUGAAAGCCAAGAGAGAUGUGAAGAAGAACUUUUUCAGCUGCUUACAAAUAUUUUGACUUAUGUUAUGUGUAAAGGACUAGAAAAGUCUGAUGAAGACACUUGGAUUGAGAGAGGACAGGUGUUUUCAGCACUAACUAAACCUGGAAUAUCAAGUGAGCUGCUUCGACCCUCAGAUGAAGUAAAACUAAUUUUGCUGCAGAGGAUGUUAGAGUGGGCAGUCACAGAACACAGAGAUACAAAAAGCAGUCUUGUGACUGCUGAAAAUGCCCUCCGACUCGUGUUGCUCGUUCAGGACUUUCUCCAGUCAGAAGGACUGGUUAACUCAAACAUGUGGACCGAGAAGCUUUUAGACGACAUCACACAGCUCCUUGACUGUCUGUCAAUAUGGUAUUCUGAGAAUCCAGUGUGGGUAAAACUCUCUCAGAUUCAGAUCCAGUUGCUUCUAGAAUUCAUUGGAAGAGGCAGUUUGCAGGUCUGUGCAAUGGCGUCCGCUAAGCUCAAUGCUCUUCUUCAGACCAAAGUGAUUGAAAAUCAAGAUGAGGCAUGCUACAUUUUAGGGAAACUAGAACACAUUCUAAGUCGGUCAAUCAAGGAACAGUCGGAAAUCUAUUCAUUUCUGAUUCCACUUCUCCGGACUCUGGUUUCUAAAAUUUAUGAGCUUCUUUUCAUGAACUUGCACCUGCCUUCUUUGCCUUUUACUAAUGGAAGCGCUUCAUUUUUUGAAGAUUUUCAAGAGUACUGCAAUUCAAACGAAUGGCAAGUUUACAUUGAAAAAUACAUUGUUCCUUACAUGAAGCAGUAUGAAGCUCAUACAUUUUAUGAUGGUCACGAGAAUAUGGCACUUUACUGGAAGAAUUGUUAUGAAGCCUUAAUGGUGAAUAUGCAUAAAAGAGACCGAGAAGGAGGAGAAAGCAAGCUGAAAUUUCAGGAGUAUUUUGUGGAGCCAUUCAAUCGAAAAGCCCGUCAAGAGAACUUGAGAUACAAUAAUAUGAUUAAACAACUUAACAGUCAGCAGUUGGUGGCUUUUAGACGCUGGAAGGCAAUACGGCUCUAUCUUACAUGCGAAAGGGGGCCUUGGGCUGAAAAGAAACAGAAUCGAAUUCACUGGAAACUAGCUAAUGUGGAAAAUUAUUCCCGCAUGAGACUUAAACUGGUACCAAAUUAUAAUUUCAAAACCCACGAGGAAGCUAGUGCCUUAAGAGAUAAUUUAGGUGUUCAGCACUUAGAGCCUUCUAGUGAUUCAUUGCUUUUGGAAGUAGUGAAACAAGUUAAACUCAGUGAUUUGGAAGAAGAUAAACUAGAACUUCUUGAAGAGGACAUGGUAGCCCGAGUAAAUAUUGAGGAGAAGGAAGAUCAGGAUCAAAAGGAAAAAUUGGUGUUAGCUGAAGACUGUGAACUCAUUACUGUAAUUGACGUAAUUCCUGGCAGAUUAGAAGUCACUACUCAGCACAUUUACUUCCAUGAUAACAGUAUUGAAAAAGAAGAUGGACUGGGCUUUGAUUUCAAGUGGCCUCAUUCUCAAAUUCGAGAGAUUCACUUACGUCGUUACAACUUAAGGAGAUCAGCACUUGAGAUUUUUCAUGUUGAUCAGUCCAACUACUUUCUCAAUUUCAAAAAAGAGGUUAGAAACAAAGUAUAUAGCAGACUGUUGUCACUUCAUUCUCCUAAUAGUUAUGGAACAAGAUCACCACAGGAAUUAUUCAAAGCAUCAGGGUUGACACAGAAGUGGGUGAAUAGAGAGAUAACAAACUUUGACUACCUCAUUCAAAUAAAUACCAUGGCAGGACGGACCUAUAAUGACCUUGCACAAUACCCUGUGUUUCCCUGGAUUUUGCAAGAUUAUACUUCAGAAGAGUUGGACCUAAAUAACCCCACUGUAUUUCGAGAUCUUUCUAAACCAAUUGGAGUAGUUAAUGAAAAAAAUGCCAAAGCUAUGCGUGAAAAGUACGAGAAUUUUGAAGACCCGAUGGGAACGAUUGAUAAGUUUCACUAUGGCACUCACUAUUCCAACUCUGCAGGCGUCAUGCACUAUCUCAUCCGUGUGGAGCCAUUCACUACCCUCCACAUCCAGCUUCAGAGUGGACGGUUUGACUGUGCAGACCGGCAGUUCCAUUCCAUCCCUGCUACCUGGCAGGCACUUAUGGAUAAUACAUAUGAUGUAAAAGAACUUAUUCCUGAAUUCUUCUAUUUCCCAGAGUUUCUAGAAAAUCAAAAUGAAUUUAAUUUGGGUCAUUUACAAGUUUCCAAAGAACUGGUAAACGAUGUUAUUCUUCCAAGAUGGGCUAAGUCAGCUGAAGAUUUCAUUUAUAAACACAGAAAAGCUCUGGAGUCUGAAUAUGUUUCUGCUCAUCUUCAUGAAUGGAUAGAUCUGAUUUUUGGCUACAAACAGAGAGGGCCAGCUGCAGUGGAGGCACUCAAUGUCUUCUAUUACUGCAGUUAUGAAGGUGCUGUAGAUCUUGAUGCUGUAACAGAUGAAAAGGAAAGAAAAGCCUUAGAAGGGAUGAUUAAUAAUUUUGGGCAAACACCUUGUCAGCUGUUAAAGGAACCACAUCCUCCAAGAUUAUCAGCAGAAGAAGCCAUUCAAAAGCAGACCAGAACAGAAAUUUCAACCCUAAACCUCUUUCAACACCUCUCUGAAAUGAAGUCAUUUUUUAUAGAGGGAAUUAGUGAUGGUAUUCCACUAUUAAAGGCCAUCAUCCCCCAAAAUCAGUCUCGUUCUUUCAUGUCUCAAGGCAGCCCUGAGUUACUGAUAACAGUAAGCAUGAAUUAUGUUAUUGGAACCCAUGGGUGGCUACCAUAUGACCGAAAUAUUUCUAACUACUUCACAUUCAUCAAGGAUCAAACUGUUACCAACCCCAAAGCUCAGCGUACAGUGAGUGGUCCUUUUGCCCCAGGACUGGAAAUCACUUCCAAACUGUUUGUAGUGUCACAUGAUGCAAAGUUGCUCUUCAGUGCUGGACACUGGGAUAAUAGUAUCCAAGUAAUGUCACUUACCAAAGGCAAAAUUGUGUCACAUAACAUCCGACAUAUAGAUAUUGUGACUUGCCUAGCUAUAGACUACUGUGGGAUGUACUUGAUCUCUGGCUCCAGGGACACUACAUGCAUGAUAUGGCAAAUAGCACAACAGGGAGGCACUCCUGUGGGCUUAGCGCCUAAACCUUUUCAGAUUCUCUACGGACACACUGAUGAGGUCCUGAGCGUGGGGAUCAGCACCGAACUCGACAUGGCAGUAUCAGGGUCAAGGGAUGGCACUGUGAUUAUCCAUACCGUUCAGAAAGGUCAGUACAUGAGAACCUUACGACCACCUUGUGAGAGUUCCCUGUUCCUGACCAUUCCCAGUUUGGCCAUAUCCUGGGAAGGGCACAUUGUCGUCUAUUCCAGCUUGGAAGAAAAGUCCGUCCUCAAGGAUAAGAACCUGUUACAUGUGUUUUCUAUAAAUGGAAAGUAUCUGGGGUCUCAAGUCCUGAGUGAACAAAUAUCAGACAUGUGCAUAAUUGGAGAACACAUCAUCACUGGCAGUUUACAAGGGCUGCUCUCUAUAAGAGAGCUCUACAGUUUGAAGCUCAGUGUCGCACCAUUAGCCAUGCGAUUACCUAUCCACUGUGUUUCCAUAACCAAAGAAUACAGCCACAUUCUUGUUGGCUUAGAAGAUGGCAAGUUGAUUGUAGUGGGUGUUGGCAAGCCUGCCGAGAUGCGAUCCGGUCAGCUUUCUCGAAAAUUGUGGGGAUCUAGCAAGAGGCUCAGCCAGAUUUCAGCUGGAGAAACCGAAUAUAAUACUCAAGAUUUCAAGUGAUUAUUCCUUCUACCUUUUGUAAUGGAGAACGAACUGAGUUCAUUUAUUGCGUUGUCACUUUAGCUGCAUCUCUACUCUGAAAGUCUUUUAGGGUUUUAUCCUGAAAAAUGGAUUAACAUGCUGUGAUAUUGGAGCACAUGCUUGUAACACUAACACUUGAGAGUCUGAGGAAGGUGGAUCUUAAGUUCAAGGCCAGCCUGUGCUACAUAGCAAGGCCUUGUGUCAAAAAUAAAUAAGUUUUAGGUUGUAUUAAGUCCAUAUUUAAAGUUUGCCAAUAUGAGUCUAGUUUUAUUAACCAGUACUAAAAUUCAAUUGAGAAAAUACAUUUGAUUUAAUAAUUUGAUUAAAUAAUUCCAAAUUAUUAAAUCCAUUUAAAAAACAAACAUAAUAUUGUAUUUUAAGGUUAAAUUCCCUUAAUCUAAGUAGCAAAAUUCAAGGUAUUUCUAAAAAAGUAGUCAUAUAGAUAAUAGAGAGUUGAGAGAUGUGGCUUUUCAUGUGUUCUUUAGAUAAUCUUUUUUCUGUUUACUGGCCAUUACAUUAAAAACAUCAGUUUACUCAUGAAGCUCCUGGUUAAGGUAAUAACCUUUUAGACAUUUGUUUACCAUUUAAUUUUCAGAAGUUGCAGGUCUGCAUAAUUGGAUUAAAUACAAACAUUGAAAUAGUACAGUGGUUCACUUUCCUACACCUAAUAUUUAAUAUAUUACUAAUAAAAUGUAUUUAAUUGCAACAAAAGUUGAAUAGGAAAAAAGAAAAACUAGAGAAGUUUUGCAAAUGUACUUCAUUAAUAGUAUAUUUAAGAAAAAAAAAGCUAAUUGUGGCUUUGGCCAGCUGGUCCUUUGAGCAGCAGUGCAGCACAGUUUACAUCUAUGAAAUUCACGUUUGUGCAUUUGUCUUUGUUAAACAAACUCUGUAUGUACUCUCUUUGUAUUUAAACAUUUGUACCCUGAUGAUUAUGAGUUAUCAGUAAUGCCCUAAAAAGGUCAUGGUUGAUGGAAAUAAUACUGCAUAAUUCAAAGUAGUCAUUUAGAUAAAAUUGCAUUGUGGAAAAUCCUUUUUCUUGCUUGUUAUAUAUCUAUAUAUCUAUCUAUCUAUAUAUAUACAACUGUUAUGAUGGUAACUAAUUUUAUUAUAGUUUGUUAAAUAUUACAUUAUAUUUAAAAUUUUAAGUAAAAUAGCUGAUUGGUUAAUUUGGAAUUGAAAGUGAGUUUUGUUUGUUUUUGUAAAAUUGACUUUUAUAACUAGCAGUAUUGGUAAUUGGAUUCCAUGGGCUUUGGGAAAAUCUGUAAGUCUCUGAAGUUGUAUAAAAAUUUGUAUGUUGAGUUUAUUUUCAGGAAAGAAUUAUUACAUGGCUUUCUUAAAAUGGUCUGUGGGCAAAACAAAUGGCAUUACUGUGAUAGCCUUUAAAAAUUAUCUUUUUUUUAUUAUUAUUCUGAUAACCAUAGAUUUCCUUAUACCUACUUGUCUUUUCAGUUUAAUCUUAAUGAACUUUCAAUUUUCCAUUUUCUCGUUUCUGUUGACCACAGUAUCCAGUGGCCUUUUCUUCAUAAUUCAAAAAAAAAUGUGUUUUUAAAAAUUUAGAAAUAAAAGAUUAUGUUUAGGGAAAAAUUCCAAUAUUUGUUAUGUUGGGAGUCAGAAUUAGUAAAACACUGCAAAAUCACUGUCUACUUAGUUAAAAUUAUCUGAUUGAGGAAAAAUUAGCUUUGGUUUAGGUAAAUAGCAUUAAAAUCAGCUGGUACAUGAGAAUAAUUUGUGUAAAUGAAUACUUCUUUUCUGAAAAUGUGUUGGAAGUCUCCCGAGUCAGUAGCGGUAGUUCUGCUGUCUGAAACCUGCCUUCCAUCCCUUUCCCCUUCCCACCCUCCAGGUACUAUAGCCACAGCCGUCAGGGCUUUGCCCCACCCUGACUCUGUGAGCAGAGCUCAAGUCAGAUCCGACACACGUGGUUUGUCUUCAUUUGAAAAAUAGUGAUUUGGGAAUGGGGAUUUCACUCCAUAGUAGAAGGCUUGCCUUUGCUGUUCAAGAUUCUGGGUUUGCCGCGUCACACGGGUGAGAGAGAUGAGUAGAGGGAAGAGAGACAGAAAAACAGAGACAGACAUGAUGACUUUAAAUCAAGACUCAAAUUUAUCCAUGCAUUCCUUGUUUUGAAAUCACUUAAUAUUGGAUUUAUCAAUUUUUUUUACAUAAGAAUUAUAAAAUCUUUGCUAAUCUAAGGAAAGAAUCCUAAUUUUAUGGUGUUUGCUGCCUUUUAGUGGGAAAUAAUAAUUUCUUUUAUAAUAUGAAUACAAAGCUUUGCUCAUUUUCAUAGAGAGCUGACCCAAAUCACUGCUAGAUCUUAAACGAGAAUCACUCCUGAUAAUUGGGGUUUUUUCCCUAAAAACUGUAAACCAUAAAUGUGGUGUGAAAAUACUAGCAAUGUUCUUGAAGAAUGAACUUUUGUAUUUAUUAAAACAAGCAAAUACAGUGGAACUGUUACCUGAGUGAUAUACUCAUAUAAACAGUAGAUCAUGACAUUAAAAAUCACUAGAUAAUAUCACUAGGAAGAUAUGCUUUGACAGAUUGGAAUGUAGAUGUUAUCCAUAGAAAUUUCUGUAAGGUAUAGUAGAAGAAAUUAUUAAAACGGAUUGAUAACUGGAUAUUUUGGUUAAUGAGUCUAAAUCCUCAGCUUGGUUGCUUUGAGUUUCAGUUCAUCUGUUCAGAAUUUUUCAUCUGCUUUGUUUCUUGAUAGAGGAAUCAUGAAUAUAAAAAUCUCAGCAUCUUAGUAAUGAGAGCUUUAUUCUCAGAUAAUGCUCUUUUGGAAAAGAAGGUCAGUAGAAGUUGGUGGUGGUUGUGUGUGUGUGUGUGUGUGUGUGUGUGUGUGUGUUUGUAUACGCACAUUUAUAUCAUUGCUAUAUAUACUUAGUAAAACCGUGAGUACUCUGUCAUUACUUAGGUAAAAUUAAAGAAGGAAAAAAAGGAACAAAUCAGAACAUGAAGGUCAGGGAACUGCAAGUACAGACUGGUAGUAAGUCUUCAUAGCCAGUGUUGCCUGUGAGGGAGUUUGUAUUCAUGUCCUUUAAGUCACAGUGUAUUUCUUUGUAGGAGACAAACGUCUGCAGAGUCAUAAGCCUGCUUUGUCUUUUUUCCUUGUAGAUAUAUCAGACUUUUACAAAGAACUGAUACUGAGAUGCUGCGGGCUGCUGGAGGAAUAAGUAUGCCCACAGAAUUAGAAUUUAGACUCAAGGAUGGUCUCUUAAUCUUAGCCUCUUUAUAUUUCUUUUGACAUCAGCUGAGAACAUUGAGUCCCAGUUGUUGUUUGGUAGUGGAAGAGGCAAGGCAUUUUCCUGUGAGUGUAACCUUUUGACUGAAGAGAUCUCUAAGGAAAGAUUUUAGUUCACUUUUGAAAGUUAGUUUCUUUAAAAUAUUUAUACUUUUUAAAAUAAAUAGCAUCAUCUUUGCCUCCUUUUCAGUAGAAACACGUGAGUACUUGGACUGUAUUGAAUAUAAGCAAGGUAUUAACUGCAUAGUAUCUGGGGGUGCGCAGACACUCACUUCCUACAUUGCUAUUCCUGUCUUAACCAUAUCUUUUAGGUACAAAAUGAAAUGUAUUGUCUGCAAAGUCUGUCAUUUUUAUUUCUCAUCCAGACCCAUGCUCAUGUUAGUGUUCUGUCUCUAAUAGAAACUCUUCUGAGCACUCUUGAGCAUCCUUACCAUUAGCAGCAAAUAGUCAUUCUCAGUAAUUUUUCAUAAUCUAUGUGUGUUUUGCAUUUGAUUUGUUUCAGAUGCCCACAUAUAAACAUUAUGUAGUAGAAUUUUUUCAUAGUGCUUUUUCUGAUGACAUUAGACAACAAUAAAAUAUUAUUAGUCUUUAAUAUUAUGUACAGUAUGGGCCCUAGCCACACUUAUUUAAUUUAAAUGUAGUAUUUUCUGUGCCAGUGGUUUCCCCAACCUGUUGCUGCCUUUAUUGACUUUGUUUCCCGUGGACAGAACCACUUUUAUUUCCUUUUCAUAAUUGAAAAGUUCAUUUAUCUUAUGAAUUCUCUUUAGACAUUUGCAUUGGAAAAUCAGAGUUAACAUUUACCUUCAACAAAAUUGCUUCUUUGCUAGGUUUGAUAUGUAUACUUCCUAAUUCCUAUUAGUCAAUAUUUUCCACACUUAAAAAGUGUAAAUUUUUUUCCAGUAUUGGGGAUUGAAUUCAGGGCCUCAUGCAUCCAUGUUAGACAAGAAAAAACAGCAUUAGCAAGCAGUAUUAAAGACAGAAUUGAGUAUCUUGUAGCAUUGAACUUGAAUAGAGUUCUUCUACUAGAAAAGCAUUGGUAAACUCUCCUCAGUACUUCUGAUGAUGUCUGCAGGUAUGACAGAAGAUUGAAUGGAAUAUUACUUUAUUUUGCAUAGGUUUUAGAGCUUAGACCUAAUAGAGCAUUAACAAUUGAGAGAUCUAAGCUUGUGCUAGCAAUGUAUCUCAGUGACGGUACACUUGCACAUGAAGCCCUAGGUUUGGGAUUUGGGGUAGCAAUUUUGCUACAACCCUGGGAACAGAGUAUAGGCCUCAUACACAGUAGGAGGGGUUCUACCACUGAGCCUUACAUCCUCAGUUAAUAGAGUUGUUCUUAAUUUGAGAUCCAGUUUAUCUGUAGGGAUUAAUAAAUGUACUAUGCCUAGGUACUACUUGGGAUUUUCAGUGAUUUAAUCAGUCCUAGCUCUCAAAAAGUAUAAAUAUAUUAUGUACAUAUAAUGUAUAUAAACAAACGUGCUGAAAUUGCCCAUGGUUAUAUUUUAAUUUGUUGAAAAUCAUGUGGCCAUCCUAAUAGGAUUUAUAUCUCUUUUCUGACUUUUAGCCGACAUGAAGUUUAGAAUAUAAAAAUUAUGUAGUUUUCUUUAUUAUUAAAACCUUAUAUAAAAAUAGGUAUAUUAUCAACUUCAGUUUUUUGGCAGUCAGAGUUAUUUAUCAGGCAUAUUUUCUUUGACCACUGUCUUUACUGAUAGUCACCACACAGAAGUGGUUGUGAAACACAUUGCAGUUUGGACAUAUAAAAGUAAUUCUUUUCAUGUCAAAUUAAAAAAAAAAAAAAAAAACCCAAAGUCAGUGAUAUAUAUCUUCCCUUAAAGCAGAAAGCAAAGUGAAUGUCACUGAUUCAGCAUUCUUUUUUCUAUGAUAGAGUUUUCGUGUUCCUUGAAACUGUGUAUCUUACAAAUAUUAGCAUAACAAUAGCCAAAUUUCAUCAUUUGAAAAUUACUCAACCAGACAAAGUAGUACAUGUAUAGGGUUCAGUGACUUGGGAGACUAAGAUGGGAGGAUCACGUGGACCCGGAAGUUCAGGACCAUCUGAUAGGGAGUAAGAUCUCCAUCUCAAAAAUAAGUAAAUAACUAAUAUUUGAACAUUGACAACAAUCUGCUGCUGCUGCUGCUGCUGCUGCUGUGUGUGUGUGUGUGUGUGUGUGUGUGUGUUGCUCUUAUAAUUGGCUUCCUAAUAAUUCACCCUCAUUCUUAACUAUUUUUGAAUGAUUACAAAGUUUCACUGCUUUAUAAUGCUAUUGUAAACUAAAUGUGUCAAUGUAAGGUGAGUUACAUUGAGCAUAAGAGCAGUUGGAAUUUAGAUGAUACUGAAAAUUUUUACUGAUCAAAUUGCAAACUUUUUAAAACAAGUCUUAUUCUAGUUAAGAUUUUAUUUAAGUAAUAUAUUUCUAUUUACCUUAUAUUAUUGCAUACUCUGUGAUACCAUAGUGAAGUUGAAAAUUAGGCUUUAAUGUUGUUGAGUUUAGUUUUGUUUUGUUCUGUUUUUGAGAGAGAAUCUCACUAUGUAGCCUUGGCUGGCCUGUAACUACCUAUGCAGACAAGGCUGCUUUGAAUUCAGAGAUUAUCUGCCUCUGUCUUCCAAGUGUUAAGAUUUUCAAGAAUAUACACAAUUAUAUUGCUUUUCAUAAGUAAUUCUGGCAGGGAGAUAUCAGUAGUUAAAAUUUAAUUGAAAAGUUUAAAUUCCUAUCAUAUUGGAUCUAAAGAAACCCUUUUUUGUAAGUUUGAGUGUUUUGUUAGAUAAUCCCUAGUGACUUCUUGGUUUCUAUACUCCUUCCAAAAUUAGGUGUCCGGGUGGCUCUUACUGCUGACAGCCGUUUGUAUUUUAGAUGAUUCUUUUUUCUAUUCUGCCUUUUACUUUCAAAGACUAUGCCUCAGAAAUGUUACCACAAAUGUUUUACAUGUAGCUGCUACUACUUACAGACCAGUUCACAGAAGGAAACUUGUGAGGAAGCCAUGGCUUUCUGCUAAAUUCUUUUAUAGGCUAAACCUCCCUUUUCCAUCGGUUUGCUUUUAUAUAGUGGGAGAAAAAAAAAAGCAAAAAGUAAUCAGAUUUCUGGAUAGCCAUUUUCUAUCAAAUUCAAUGCUAACUUAAGUCAAAAUUAACAAACAUUUGAAACAUAUUUGAUUAAUUUGACAGUUUUUCUGGGAUUCAAUUAGAAACAUUUCAGUUUUAACAGGGUAACAGUCUCUUGAAUCUAUGAAUAUAUACAUUGGCUCAGAAGAGUUAGCUGAAAAUUCAAAAUGACUUGUUUAAUAACAAAAGGUACUUAGCAGCUGUGUCUGGUGGCAGACUUGUAAUCUCAACACCCACAGGCUAAGGCGGGAGGAUUGCCUCAUUGUAGGCUACCCUGGGCUACAGAAUGAAGUCUGUUUAUAUCUGUCUGCCUGCCUAGCUCUGUCUCUCUUGUCUGUCUGUCUGUCUGUCUGUCUGUCUAUUUCUGUGUGUGUGUCUUUGUCUCUCUCUGCCUCCACAACUUAGAAUUGUGCUGCUAGUUCCUAUUUAAGGAGACUUGUUUAUCUUAAAAUGUCCCUUUGCAUUUGUUCCACUGGAAUUGAUUGAAAAAAGAAUAGUAAUAAGCCUUUUUAUGUUGAAUUAUUGAUUGUGCAAACUGUGAUUCAUUUGAGUAUUUAUAUGCAAAAAGGGGGUUUCAAAGUUAAGCCUGUUUUAGACUUUAUAAAGAUGUAAAUAACUUUAAUUAGCAUUCUGAUGACAAAAUUACUGUUUGGUGCAAUUCAUUCUUUCUGCUCUCCUCCUUUUGAACUUGAGUAUACAAGAUGUAUUUUGUUUUGUCACAUAAAUAUUUUUUAAGAACCUCACUGUAUGUAUAUGAGUUAAUGUUUGAUUUGUUUCUGUAUAGUAUGGUCAAAAAUAGUUGAAAAUUUUGCACUUUGUUAGUCUCUUGGAAAUUUAUAUUCUAAUAUUUUUAAAGAGGGUACAUUUAUUUUGUACAUAAUAAAUUAACUUUGUAUAUGACAAUGGGUUUGAAUCAAAUAAAAAGACGAUGCUACUUUCAUUA